UUCGGGUGUUGGUGUUUGCUAUUGUUACCGGAGGGAGGUGCGCCGCUGAGUCUCCAUUUGUUACCAGAGCGUCAAGGGACGGGCAGUUCACCCCUUUUCUGUGCUGGCUGGAAUUGCUUGUGUUUGUUCCUAGUCACUGCUCAUGUAAUGCACUCCCUUAACCAGGAAAUUAAAGCAUUCUCCCGGAAUAAUCUCAGGAAGCAAUGCACCAGGGUGACAACGCUUACUGGAAAGAAAAUAAUAGAAACAUGGAAAGAUGCCAGAAUUCAUGUUUUGGAAGAAGUAGAGCCGAGCGGUGGGGGUGCUUGUGGUUAUGUGCAGGAUCUUAGCUUGGACCUGCAAGUUGGCAUUAUUAAGCCAUGGUUGCUCCUGGGCUCACAAGAUGCUGCUCAUGAUCUGGAUACACUGAAAAAGCACAAGGUGACUCACAUUCUCAAUGUUGCAUAUGGAGUUGAAAAUGCCUUCCUCAGUGACUUUAUAUAUAAAAACAUUUCUAUCCUGGAUCUGCCUGAAGCCAAUAUCCUGUCUUAUUUUCCAGAAUGUUUUGAAUUUAUUGAACAAGCAAAAAUGAAGGAUGGAGUGGUUCUUGUUCAUUGUAAUGCAGGGGUUUCCAGGGCAGCUGCAAUCGUAAUAGGCUUCUUGAUGAAUUCUGAAGAAAUCUCAUUUAACAGCGCUUUUUCUUUGGUGAAAAUUGCAAGGCCUUCCAUAUGUCCAAAUGCUGGUUUCAUGGAGCAGCUUCGUACAUAUCAAGAGGGCAAAGAAAGCAAUGAGUGUGACAAAAUACAGGAAUUAGAAGGGGACAACAGUUCAUGAGUUACACUAGUGGAUGAUGGACAAAUAAUGUCUGAGUUGGCCUCUAUAACCAACUUUCUCUUUUUUUUAUAGAGUAUAGUAAUAAAAACUUCCUUUUUCUUGUUUUUUUUCCAAGUGAAAAUGGAGUCAGUUGAUUGUCCUGAGAUAGUCUAUAAAUAAUUUUUAAAAUUACAUUAUUUUCUUUGAUAUUAUAAUGUGUGAUUAAAUGCUUCUUUGAUUUGCUAAGGGAGAAAAACAGUGUAUUCCCAAAAGUGAUUAUGUAGAAGAAAAAAUGUUUAAAUUUAAAAUCUGUGUUAGAACACGGAAAGCUUAAAUCAGUUGAUUAAGACGUUUGGUACUUUUCUAUUCCAGCAACUGUAUCCGUGAAGGAAAAAACUUGAAAUGCUACUUGACUUACCAUUUCAGAGGGAGAUAAAUUUCUUUGUAAAUAAUUUAAGAUUAAAAACCAAUACUUUAAACUUUCCAAAAGAGGUAACCAAAAUGUGAAGGUUCAUACAAUAUUUAUGUAGUGGUUACAAUAUUCACAAAGUUUUUAUCUCCUUUUAUGAAAAUGUACUCACUUUUCAUUUUGAUUUUUAAAUUUAAUUAUACUCCCUGGAUUUAUAUUUUAAGUUCUUGUGUAGAUUUUUCUCCCUGACAUUAUUAUGAGCUUAUGGUGCUUUAAUUAGGUGAAGCUAGUCUCUAACACUGUCUGCUUUUUAUCCUGGGCUCCUAGCAUUGUGUUUUUGGGUCCCAUGGCAUAAUUUUAUGAUCUUCUUGGAUCUGUGGAAAAAUCUUUUAUACUGAAUGAUUGUUUUUUAGAUAUGACUUGUUAAAUGAUCUGUUUUUAAGUUCAAUAUUCUAUUAGAGAACAUAUUUUUAAGGAAAGAAGGGUUAUGGUUUUGUAAGGAAUUUUAAAUACAUUGUUGGAAAGCCUAAAAUUAUUUACAAUUUAUCUCUGGCCAGAGGCCUUGAAUAGUUUCUUUUUAAAAUAUUAAGUCUCCAGGGGAAUGGUCUGGGCAGAGGGGGGGAAAGGGGAAAAAAUUGGGACAACUGUAACAGCAUAAACAAUAAUAAAAGAAUAAAAUAAAUAAAAAUAAAAAUGAAAUAUUAAGUCUCCAUAUAGGCAAGGCUGAACUCUAUAAAUUUGCUUAAAGGUAUUUUUUGACUUAUUCAAAAUAAAGUGCACUUAAAAUUAAUAUAAUAAUUAUGAUAGGAUUUAUUUAAUAGCUUUCAAGUAACCUUUUAUGACUUAGAAAGUAUUGUUGCCAUUGGGAUAUUAUUAAGAAAGUCAGCUCUUCUUAAAUACAUAAUCUAGUGUAUUCCCAUAUGUAAGAAAGUGCACACUGAGUGCAUCUGUGUAUUUGAGGAAGCAGGCUUUCUUAUGCUGUCAGGGACAAAAAAUGUAGAAGUGAUUAGUGUAAAUUAUGUCUUGAGAUCACUUAUAGCUUGACAAGAUGCCAUCACAUGCAAAACUAUGAACUUUGUUUCUGUUGGGCAGUAUAAAUGUAAUCAACCUACAGUGACUUUUCUGAAGCCAACAAAGACAGAUAGAAUCAUCUUAAAUAUGAGGUUGAUGUAUAAUGUCUCCAUAGUCAGUAUUGCCGAGCAUUUUCAGGGUGAACCUUUUCCAUUAAUGUAAAAACAUUUAUUUAAAUACAUUUUCUUUUGCUAGGUGCUGUUAUCAGCCAUUAAAUUUGAAGCCUUGAAUAGAACUUGUUCAUAAUGGAUAGUAUGUUACUUAUGUCUGUAUUUUGUAUGCUCAGGUAUUGCCUGUAGUUUUCUGGUUAUGGUGCAAGCUCGUAUACUCUGUAUCACCUACAGAAAUACUUUGAGCAUCUAUUUUAUUUUAUCUGAAAUGAUAGUAGUGUGCUAUAUCUAAAAUAGAUCAACAAAUGUAAUUCAGUCAUUUAAAUUAGGGAUACUAUAUAAGGCAAUGAUGGGUCAUAUAUAUGAAUAUAUAGUAUAUUUAUUGCGUUUCCUAUGGAUGUAAGUCACUCUGUCCUACCUGGUUAUUUAUAAAAAGGAAUUUUAUCAUUAUGAUUCUUUAUCUCACAUAUUAUAAAUAAAAAUAUAUACCAAAUAUAGGUCUGUUUUGAGAAAGAAGGAAAAUAUUUCAAGGAGUUUUUACCUCUAUGUUAAAGUAGAUAUUUCUACAAUUUUUCAAAAGAAGGAGGAAAUGAAAAUAUCUUUUGUUUUUAAACAUUAAAAAGAAAUAAAAUAUAAAGCCUUCCUAGCAACCUGAGAAAGAUGAUCAGGAAAAAGACUGGAAAAUAUGAUACAAUUCUAUUUAUUUGAGGUUCAUAUUUUAAAAACAUUUUGAUAACUUUAUGCUUUAAUAUAGGCAUGUGAUGAUGACAUAUACUUUGUAUUGAAAACCAAGAAAUAUUUAAAUUUUUGAAAACUGAAGAAAUCUUUUUCUUAGAUUCUUUUGGAUAAAAUUUAGACCCUUAUAUUAACUCAAAGAUUUCAGGGAAAAUGGAGUGUAGUAUUUAAAAUCAUCAUUGCAAUUUUACUUGUGCAUAACUUCUUCCCUAUUGAACCUUGACUGAAAUGUAUGAAUAUACCACAUUCAUGUAGUAUGAAUAUGUAUUGUGUAACCUAGGGUACAUAUUUCCAUUCUGAUUGAUAAUUUCACUGGUGAUGGGGAAACCUUCUGAAUUUGUCACCUGAUUAUUAGUAGUAUAAAUGGUUCAACUGUAUAUAGCAAAUCCCCCUCAAAGGUAAUUUCUCCAAAGAUUCUUGAAAGUAACAGGUAAAAAUCAGAGUAUUGUUGUAAAAUCUUAGUGAGUUAACUCAGUGAAUUGAUACCUUUAUAAGCAAAGCCACAUACAUUUUAAAAUAACAGAAAUGUAGUACAAUGAAUUAUUUAGUUUUGUCAGGUAACUGUAAAUAGUUGAUUUUUCUGCCCAAAGGAUCCUGAACAUAUUUAGUCACUGUGUAGUUAUUUAAGAAUUUAAACCAGAAGGCUUUAAAGUUUUAUAUUCUUGUAAUAUAUGCAGUGGCAUUUAUAGUUAACAAAUUUAUGGUUGUUUCCACCGAUAUACUUUAACAAACUUUUCAAUUAUAAGUGAAGCUUGACAUGUUUUGUAUCCAUAUUUAUAAUGUAUCCUUUAUUGUUUCUAGGUAUUGAUAUACUUUAAUAAAAUAAUAAAUUUACUAUUUCCCCUGUUAAUAUCUUCAUUUCUUUCAGGUUAUUUGUUUAAAAAGAUUUAACAUAUUUGCUGUCAAAUUCUGGGUUCCAAAAUAUUUUGACAGGACAAAAAUUAUAUAUCUUGCAAUAUAAAUGACUUUAAGGUCUGUACAGAUUUGUUUGCUCCGUACAAGUUAAGAAAUGAAAAGCUAGUAUAUUAUAAUUGGCAUUACUGCAGAUAAAUAGGCAUUGAAAAGUCAAUAGAACCAGCUAGAAUUUUAAGUCAAUAGAAGAUGUUGAGUUACUCUCAGAUUAAACUACCGAAUAUUCUAACCAUGACUGCACUGAGAUUAUUGGAACGUCAUUCAGCACCCACUUCCCACUUACACACAUUGUUACUUCUCUGACCUAGGCAGUUGGGCUGUUUCCUCCCUCCCUCUCCUUGUUUUAUCCCAACUGCUGUCUUGGCUAUGCAUUCCCUGAAAGUGCAUAAUGAAGGCUCCACUUCUUUACCUGCUGUUCCCUGUACCCGGGACACUUUCCCACAGAAAUAUUAGAACUUUGAUAAAAUGUUACCUUCUUAAUAAAACCUUCCCUGACCACCUUAUUUAUAAUUGUUCCCAUCUGGAACACUUUUAUUCACCUUUCUUGUUUUAUAUAUGGCAUGGCCCUAAUUAUCACCCAAAUUCAGUAUAUUUUACUUAUUUUGUUGUUUUCCUCAUCAAAACUGGAGCUCCCAUGAGAGCAGAGAUUUUUACUGUGUGGUUUUUCUAUACCAGGUAUAUUCCAUACCAGACCUUCAAAAACUGCUUAUUAGAAGAAAGGGAGAGAGGAUCGAAGGGAAAAAAUGAUGCAUAUCUUUGCAAGUUAUAUAAGUUUUGAUGUUACUUUUUCACUUCCAAAGAGUGAUAAGAACCAUUUAAUUGAUUAAAAGAUAACAGCUGUAUCAGCAAAACUGAUGUUUCCUUUGAUGUCUGGCUCCCUUUCUGCCAGUUGUUUAAUGAAAUGAUUAGGGAAAAAACUCACAACUUUUCAAGUGUAACAUUUAUUUAAUUUACAAAGAGAUAGCUUUGGGCAUUAGUUACAAAGGUCAGAUAAUGCAAAUAACAACUAAUAGAUGUACAUUUUUUGGACACCAUCCAUACGGAUCCUUCUACUGUUCUGCCUCAGUCCAUUUAGGUUGUUAUAAGAGGAUAACAAAGACUGGGUGACUUACAAACAACAGAAAUUUAUUUUUCAGAGCUCUGAAGGCUGGGAAGUCCAAGAUCAAGGCACCAACAGAUUUGGUGUCUGGUGAGAGCCUGCCUCCUGGUUCAUAGUUGCCAGUCCUGUUGCUGUGGUUUUACAUGGCUGAAGCAGUGGUUUCAGGUGGGGGGAAUGCUCUGGGGUCUCUUAUAAGGGCAAUUAUCUCAUUCAUGAGGGUUUUACCCUCGUGACUUAACCCCAAAUUCCCAACUCCAACUACCAUUACAUUGGAGGUUAGGAUUUCAACAUCAUUUUGGGGGGGCACCAAUAUUCAGUUUGUAACAAUCUCCCACCCUGAGAGAUUCGGAUUUUCCAUUUCCCUUGCUGCUAAGUGAAAAUGUAUGUAGUGUAUUCAUAAGUUAUAUCAAUGUCGAAUCACUAUGUUGUACAACUGAAGCUAAUACAACAUUGUAUGUCAACUGUAACUGAAAACAAAUAUUAAAGAAAAAUGUGGUGUAA